AUGCCCAAGAGCUACUUGUCCAACGAACCCGGUGCUCAGCGUGCCGCCAAUCACGCCUUCGACCCCUACCUGCAAACCUAUUUCCGCCUGCGCACCUUUCACAACACAGGCCACCGGGUCGACAAAGUGGAGCUCAUCGUUCUCGGCGGCACCUGGUCCUUUUAUCCGGAGGAGUACCAGAUCUGGUUCGUCAAGAGAUGCUUCGAUGCUCUCAACGAUUUCGGUUUCCGGGAAGAUCCGGAGGAAAUUCGGAACGAUAGCGCCUUGGGAUUUGACGAACUGGACAAAGAGAUCGAUGGCUCGGCACUAGAAGAGACCUACAACCAAGUGGUCUCCGGGUAUCUACGGGAAAGACAGGAGGGGCAGCUCCUACCGCCGGCAGAAAGCGCCACCUGGUCGGAGCUGGAAUCUGUGCAGGAGCUCAAUGAGGGACGCCCAGCUCGCUGUGUCGGCCUGGUACUGGAAACACGGCCGGACCAUAUCUCCCCCGAAGAGGUAAAGCGGCUCCGUCGCCUGGGAGCCACCAAGGUUCAAAUUGGUUUCCAGAGCUUGUCCGACGAGGUUCUUGCCGCCAACAAACGAGGCCACGAUGUCGCCGCUACCCGCCGGGCCAUGGUGUUGCUCCGCCAAGGCGGCUUCAAGUUGCACGCCCACUGGAUGCCCAAUCUCUACGGUUCCUCCCCCAGCGCAGAUGUGGAAGAUUUUCAGCGUCUAUUCGCUGACCCGGAUUUUCGUCCCGACGAGCUCAAAAUCUAUCCCUGCAGCCUCAUCGAGAGCGCCGAGCUGAUGAGCUACUACCGCAACGGCUCCUGGCAACCCUACGACGAGCAAGAACUUUUAGAAGUUCUGGUUCGGUGCUUGGAGCUCACUCCGGAAUAUUGCCGCCUGACGCGCAUCAUUCGCGACAUCCCCUCUCAAGACAUCCUGGCGGGCAACAAGCUCACCAACUUUCGCCAGCUGGCGGAACAAGAGCUCACCCGUCGAGGCGGCAAAUCCCGCGAUAUUCGAAGCCGCGAAGUGCGCGGUAGACCGGUGGAAGACGGGGAUCUGUCCCUGCAAGCGGUGGAAUACCAGACUCCCGUAGGGCGAGAAGUUUUUCUUCAAUUCGUGACCGCAGACGACUGCCUAGCGGGCUUUCUUCGCCUAUCCCUACCCGUGCAACCCUCGUUCAUCGAGGAAAUCGCCACCAGCGCGAUGAUCCGGGAAAUUCAUGUCUAUGGCGCCCUGGCGGGGCUGGGCAAAGAAGCUGGAGUCAAGGCCCAACACCGAGGCUUGGGCCGACGCCUCACGGAGGAAGCGGAGCGUCGCGCUGCCGCAGCCGGCUUCAGCGAUUUGGCAGUGAUUUCUUCCGUGGGAACCCGUCAUUACUAUCGCGGUCUUGGCUUCGAAGACGGCAAGCUCUACCAACACCGUUGGAUCGGGAGUACCGCGCCGGUAUCCGCCGAGGUCGAAGCUUCCACCUCCUAA